CAAAAAUACAGCUCUCCCCGUCCCUAGUAUCAAUCAAAUCCUCCCCUUCCAUCACUUUGAGCUUUUCCGAUAAUAGUCUGAAUCCCAGGUUCGAAUUUUGUGAUCUGAUUCGGGAACAUUUGGCAUUUGAACUAUACAUGCUUUGGAUUCUGUAAUGGGCUUGAGCAAAACUGAAGUGAACUUGAGAAGGUUACUUGCAGCAGCUUCACAGCAACAAAAUCAGGGAAAGCUUGUACAUUAUGUGGCCACUUUAAGAGAGCAACUGGAGCAAUUGGCUGAAGAGAGGACUCCUGAAGGGUUGCCAAGGGUAUCAAAAGCUCAGUUAAAUGAAUAUUCUGAGAAAAUUGAAGCUGUAGCAGCUAAGUUAGACGUCACUGAGUCCAGUACUCAAGUUAAUCAGGAGCCUUCAUUUGACACCAAGGUCAGAGAAUCCCCUACCACAUCUGACGGAGAAAAUAUUCAGUCUCCCAGAGGGUUGAGAAGGAGAAUUUUACCCCCGUCAGCAGAUAAAUCCCCCAGUAGGAUCAAGGACAGUAAUAAUUCGAAGUCAGUAAAACUGGACGCUGCAGCACAUGCUCAUAUUGAGAAACACAGACAACUACAAGAAGAUUUGACGGAUGAAAUGGUUGGUUUGGCACGACAACUCAAAGAGAGUAGCCUUAUGAUGAGUCAGUCCAUAAAAAAUACCGAGAAGGACCAAACUGUUAUCAUUCUUACCAAUAUGGAGUAUUAUUGAUCAUGGAAUUUCACUUUAAACUGAAGAUACUCGACUCAACUGAGAAAGCAGUUGAGCAGAGCUUGGCGAGCACUGGACAUGCAAACACUCGGGCAAUGGAGGUUUAUUCGCAGAGUCUGAAAACAACGUGAUUUACAUGGCUGCUGAUCUUCGCCAUGACUUGUGUAUUCGUCAUGGUUGUACUCCUUAUUCGUGUUACUUAGGAUUAAGGUAAACCUUUUAUCCCAGCUGUAGAAUGUAAUUGAUUUUUUUUUAAAAAUAAUGUGAAUAUGAAUUUGAUUGAGGUCUCAUGGUAAGAUGGUUUUGUAUAAUAUUUUGGGAACUCCUUUUUUUU